GAGGUACAUGGGAUCCGCAAGGAUCUUGAACGGCAACUGACCGAGGAGGGGCUCACCCAAGGCCCAGAAGCGGAGGAUGAAGAUGAGGAAAAGGCCGCGGCUGCUGCCGCAGAAGCGGCCAGAUUGGCCAUGGCGACGGCAGCUGCUGCUUUGGAAGCAGCCAAAGCAAAAAAGCUCGAGCGUCUCCAGAGAGAGGCCAAGGCAAAGGAGGAGGAAAGGAGGGCCCUGGAGUUCCAAACGUUGAAGCUUCUCGAGAAGGAGCAAAGGGCAAGAGAAGCGCGGGAGAAGGAGUCAAAGGAGAGACAAGAGCGGGAGGCAAAGGAAAAGGAGGCAAAGGAGACGGCGGCUCGGGAGGCCAAGGAACAGGAGGAGGCAAAGGCCAGACAACUCCGGGAGAUGGAAGCCACGAUGAAGGAGAAAGAAGCACAGGAGAGGGAAACCAAAAUGAAGGAAGCGAAGGAACGAGAAACCCAGGCCCGUCUGGCGAGGGAGGCAAAGGAACUCGAGGAAGCAAAAGAGCGUGCCGCGAGGGAGGAAAAGGAAAUCAAGGAAGCAAACGAGCGUGCCGCAAGGGAGGCAAAGGAAAAGGAGGAAGCAAAAGCACGCAUCCUUUCAGAAGCCCGGCCGCUCAAACGAGAAGCAGACCACGCAGGGACGGACCGGACACAGGAUAGGGCGGGUGACAGUGUGGGGAGGGCGGCUUCGACGACACUGGUCGAUCCGGAUGCCUCGGCUGCCACGAUGGCCAAGCAGACUGCACCCAACCUCGGCGCCGUCCCCAAGGCAAGCAAGGUUGCCCGAAAGGCCAAGGACGACGACUUUGCCCUCCCGGUACUAUCUGAUGCUGAGAAGGGAAAGUACAAGAUCCAGCUAGGCCACACCGUCUCCCCACCAGGCACCGGAAACUACCAGUCCCGUUCCAGCUACUCCGCCCCCAGGACAGGCAACACCGUCUCCCGCAACGGCCCCGGAGUCUCACAGUCCAGCGACUACAAUGGCUCCAACAACACCGCCGCCCGUGCCAGCUACACCCAAUGCCAAUGGCCAGACUCAGGCCACCGCGACAGCAUGUCCCCGCCCCCGGUCAAGGCUACUGAAAGCACCGAGCCACCUCCUGCACCCGAAGCAGCAACACCCGCAGCAGCAGGCAAUGGUUUGGCCCUCGAAGCGGUCCUGCGCUUCAAGCGCCAGCACGAGGACAUGUCCCAGGAUGAAGGACACUACUACCCGUACAAUGAGAUCGUGGAGUUCUUUUCGGGUAAUGAGGCAAGGGCAAUGGACUUCUGCAGGAUGCGAUCUACACAGUUCAAGGGGACGUCGACGGACCGCAACAAUCCCGAGAUCAAAACGUACUUGUACUUCCAGCGCGAGAAGAGGAUGAGAUCUGCAUCGAGCUUGGUGCAGAAGCGAGUUAUGAGCAGCCAGGGAGCAAUCGCGCCGCCGCCGCCGCCUGGCGCCGAAAGCACCAAGCCUGGUGGGAAGGGAGAUCCGAAGAAGGAGCUCAAGAAGCCUGAUGACACCCAACCGAAGAAGAAAGCUCGAGGCUCGGAGCUCGAGAUCGACAUCACGACGAUGAUGGCUGCAAAAGACUUCAACUUGGAUGAGUUCGUUACCAACUGGGUGGCUGCUUGUACGGCGGCCGAGGGCCGGGCGGCUCCCUACGUGGAGGCUUUUAAGAAGCACGGCAAAGUCGCUGCGAAUCUGAAUGAAGAUUCCAUGGACCUCGUGGAGUUUUGGAACGAGGCUCGCUCCGAAGACUGGGGGGCGAACCACCCGGUGCAAAGCUGGAGCGAACAUGCUUAUCAUUUCUUGGUCACCGUUGGCAAGCUCGAAAGAAUCCAUGUAAUCAAGAGCGACUUUUUCCAUUACAAUGGAGACAGGAACAUCACGUUGGAACACCUUCAAGCCGAUCUGGUUCAAUCUUUGAACCGCUGCGCGGACAAGGAUAACAAGCUUGGUGCAACGUUGCACGUGGUGGCGGGGAAAGCAGAUUGGAAAUUCAGACGGGAGUGGCUUCAACAGACACGAUUUUACGGGAAAGUCACCCACGGCACCAAUGGAAUUUGUGCGCGAUGUUUCGCGGCCAAAAACGACUGGCUGGAUGUCAAAGAAAAAUUCAACAACGAUUCGGAUGUGGCUCUUGCUCAAGAAACAGCGGUGGGGGAAAACAUUGCUAUGAAGCAACUGAGCGGCUGGUCGUGCAAUAUGGAAGGGCCGGACUUGCUACACUGCAUAUGGCUUGGAACUGGUAGAGACCUUGUGGGCUCCCUUUGUAUGGAAAUGGCUGAGAAUCGGCGAGAUCUUGUGGGCGCAACCUACGACGAACGCUUGUCUGGUUUACACAAAGACAUGCAGGCUUGGUGCGCCGCGCGUGGGAUCCGGGCAUCGACAAUUGACGGGCUGAGUUUCUUGUUAUUAUAA